AUGGAGAAACAAACCUCUCCUGUUCUGUCUCUACAUGAGCAGAUAAUUCGACAUCCCGAGCUAUCAGUACAUCCUCUGCGCUGGACAGCACGUCAUCUCGAUCUUAUGUGCUGCAGAUUUCAGGAAAUCGAUAUUCCUCCAGAAGCUGAAACCGGCGCGUAUCAAGAAGAUACGGUGGAAAAUGUAGAGGAGUUCACAAGAGAAGGGUCCCUUGGCUGUUGGAAGUCUUCUUUUUUCUGUUGUCUUUUCAAAGGAGAAGGGAGUCGCCUAAAACAUCACAAAGGCGUGUCUCCAUCAUUUCUCUUCCCUAGGCGGAGGCCACAUAAACUAGAGUGCAACAUAUUGUUCCCUGAACCAGCGAUCUUUGCUGCAGAAAACGAUCGGACUGCGGACCUCAUCAUAGGGUUCGUUGCUUACGACGAUGUCGCGGUGCGACGCCGUGGUCGAUGUUUCCCCAACUGGCAUCCUAAUUCGAAUGGUAGUGCUCAAGAUCUGUACCUCCGCAAUCUUAGAAAGUACUCACCCGAGAUUUGGUUUGAAGAUCCAUACCUUAUCUGCAACAUGCUGUCCCUGGCGCAAAUUCAGUGGAGGGAAGUUCGCUGCGAGUUCUACCCCGUUCGUCUUGUAGUCGCCCAUGAUGAUGAACUGACCAAUGCUUAUGUUUAUUAUGCCGAAUUCCCAGAAGGCAUCUUAGACCAAUUGUUGAAACCUGUACUACGAACAGAAGCUACCUGGCCGACUAUUUACUAUACCAAGAUACCUUAUGAGCCAUAUGGAACAUUUGCCGACCGUAUUACAAAAGCCCUUCUGAAUGCAAAGGUCGAGAUAUCGGAGAAGGAGGAUGAGGCAAUCUGCAAGAGAGUCAAGGUAGAAUAA